AUGACGGAUACGGAAAAGGGGGCGUGGCUUAUCGAUAUGGUUGGCGGAGGCCACGCCCACGGCGGCAUGGCCCCCUUCGAACCGCGCGCCGGUCAUCCGCCGACCUGUUUUACAUACAUACGGGCCCCCGUCUGCAUUCUCCGGUGGUCGGCCCUGCGGUCGCCUCCCGAAAAAACUUCGUCUUAUUUCUAUUCUUCCUAUUCUCGACUGUCCAUUUGCUUUGAUAUUCCCCGAAUACUUUAUAUAUCUCUUCAUUAA